AUGGCCGCCGCCAACGGCACCCUCUCCCCGCCCUCGCUCCCCCAGGCGCCCAACUCGCCCUCUGCCGCCAAACGGAAACUCGCCGAGCGCCCUGCCAUUGCCGUCAAUGGCGCAUCCACGCCUGCACCGGGAGAGAGCGCCAAUGCCAGCGCGCGCUCUCUGCAGGCAGUAUUGGCAGACAUACUGGCAGUUCUCAAGAGCUACGACACGACACCCUCCAUCUUAUCGCAUCCCAUCACCUCGUCGAUAACGCGAUCAGCCUCUGGAGAAGCCGACUCGAAGCGCACCAAGCUGACCCCACCCAACGGCCCGGCGACCAUCAGCAACCUGAUACAAGACGGCUCGUACGACUCUCUACACGCACUAGAGAAGGAUGUCGAGAGCGCUACCACAGAGAUUCUGGCGUCCAGCGGCCCAAGCGAUUCGUCGGCAGCCCAGGCGUCGCCCCAAGACACAGCGCUGCAGGGCAAAGUGCUCGCCUUCCAGACCGUCCUGAAAAACCUGGUGGCUAGAGAAGGGUCACGCAAAGCACCUGGCUCAGCAAAGCAAGCCAACGGCGAUGGCGACGCUCCAGCCUCAGGAGAGGAGGGCACUCCGGUGCCGAUCAAGGAGGAAGAACAAGACGCAGAGAUACCCCAGAGCCGGACUGUUCUCACGCUGUACGGGAGCGCGCCGCCGAAACAGCUAUUCUCCAGUUUACAGCAACCCCAGAAAAUACCCCCCGCCCAAAUAUCCACGCUCGACACCGCCGUCAAGGUGACUCUACCCUUGCGCGAGACGAACCUCCCCAACCUCAUCUCGACGACAGAGGUAUAUCCCAUCCCAGAAUCAGAUAGCAAAAAGAAGGUUGCGACUAUUGGGGAGGUCUUCCGAGCACCUGCCCACUUGCCACAGAUCAGUCCCCCCAAGUCUGCCCGACCGACAACGAGCAAAGGCAACAGCACCAUCACCUUUGCGCACCAGGAAGCGCCCAAACCUCGUCGCAAGGGCUCCCAGUCGCACGCGCAUCAGAGCCUGUCUUCCGGCUUUUGGCUUGGGUAUGCUGGGGUAGAUAUGCCGAAAGAUCAGACCUCACCAACAGCGAAGCAAAAGAGCAGACAGCGGGCGUUGAGCAUGGGCGAAGCGCAGCAACCCCCGUCCGAGGCGAUUCUUGUUGCAGUCCAACAAGCCAAGGAAGAUGCCUUGUUUCGCAGUGCUUACUCUAGCUUUGCGCCAACUCGGGAUGACAGCUCCGCUAUUAUUCCAGAGGAGACUAAGAAUAUGGUUUGGUGGCAGAAGGUUGGUGAAAAACGCUUCAACGAAAUGUUCCCGAUCGACCCAGCUCUACUCGACCCUGAGCAGGCCAAGCAAGCACUUACUAACGGGACCACCGAUGAGGAUGAAUUAUUCAAAGAGGCGGUCGAGAACUUCACCCCGGUUCAAGGAGACGUGUUACCUGGGAUGGAGGAAAAGACCGAGGAGGAGAAGGAUACAGACGAGGUGCUCAAGGAGAUAUCGGAAUUUCUCGAGACACUGGCCUCGUACCAAAGGAUACGAAAUCUCUCCCUCACAACCAACCCACGCACUCCUGUUGUACAAAAUGCUUCACUCGCGACCCUGGCCGGCAGCCCGUCAACACCCUCGUCGGAAGAGUUCGACGUCUAUCAGAUACUAAAGUCACAGCUCACCUUGUUGAUUUCGCAGCUUCCGCCGUAUGCAGUCGCCAAACUCAAUGGGGACCAGAUGGACGAACUGAACAUCAGUCGAACUAUCCUGUUCGACACCAAAGAGUACAAGGGCGUCUUGGAGGAGGAUCAGCUAUCGAAACUUGCAAAGACACCAGGAAUGGCUGCUGCAACGCCGGCUACGCUGGCGCGAACGAGUUCUGGAACCAACGCGCAUUAUCCCGCAGCUGGGCACCAGUACAGCCGUCCAGCGCCGUCGGUGCCUCAGUCAGGCGCUCGUCCAGUGUACUCGCAACCACAGUCCCUCCACCGAUCAUCGUCGAUGCACCUCCAACGCUCGCCUUCGGGUGCGGCGCAGACAUUCCAACCAGGUGGCGCGUCUUAUGCUCCCAACGCUCGGCCGGGGUACUCUGCAACCCCGUCCUACAACCAACAAACGCCGCGACCAAGCUAUGGAACCACUCCUUCUGGUCAAUACUUCCCGCAACGCUCGGCACAGCCAAGCAGCUACACGGGUGCUCCUGGCUCACAGUACUAUAAUUCUACACCCGCACAGGGCCAGAACCGUUAUGCAUCACAGCAGAACCAAAGCAGCUUCUACCCUCGUUCACAAAAUGCGGCACCCAUGUACAACGGCGCACAAGCACCGCCGCCACGGAAUGUGUCACCCAUCAAGGGCGCGCCCACACCAUCGGCUUAUGGUACACGGCCAACAUAUGGCACGCCCGUGUCUGGAGGGCAGAUGCGCAGCACAUACUACGGCCCUUCCCAAUACGCAACUCCUCAGGCGCCUGGUGCCGCUGCUCCCUACAAUGGCGCAGGCAGCAAUCCUCAGCAGAUGAUGCUUGAAAGACAGCAAGCGCAGCAAGCACAAGCCCGGCUUGCGGCACAAAAUAGUUUCAGUAGUAGUAGGCAGGGAUCAGGGACGCCGCAGCCUCCCAACGGCUCCAUGUAUGGCGCUAAUGGGGCCUCCAUGUCGACCUAG